AUGGCAAGCAGGGUGGUUCUUUUAUCUAUGGACGGAAGUAAGCAUUCCUCAUUUGCAUUUGAUUGGUACCUAAAGCAUAUACGAAGAGAUGGCGAUAAGGUUUUGAUCGGAUAUUGUCCCCAGUUUGAUUCCUUGUCCAGAUCUUCUUCUGGAUUGAUGACUGGCAAUCCACAAUAUAUGUCCGAUAUGAUAACUGAAGAAGAACUUGGAGUACAAAAAUUGAUCAAGGCAUUCGAAGAUCUCCUGAAAGAAAAGUCGCUGGACGGAAAGGUACUUCGACUAUCCGGAUCCGAUCCUGGACACGCUAUAGUUAAAGCUGCAGAAGAGAAUGGUGCAACCAUGAUAAUAACCGGAUGUCGUGGAUUAGGGAAGGUUCGAAGAACUCUUAUGGGAAGUGUUAGCACUUAUGUUACUCACCAUUCGCAUGUUCCCGUAUUGAUAUGCCGACAUGAAUAA